AUGACGAAACGCGGCAGGCAAGAUGGGGGCGACGAUGAGCAGUCCGCCCGUAACAGCAAGAGAGUACAAGGGAACAAGCAGGAGGAGCUCCGAAAGAAGGAGGAGAAGAUCCGAAAAGAGAAGGAGGAGGAGCUCCGAAAGAAGGAAGAGGAGCUUCGAAAAGAGAAGGAGGAGGAGCUCCGAAAGAAGGAAGAGGAACUUCGACAAGAGAAGGAGGAGCUCCGAAAGAAGGAGGAGAAGAUCCGAAAUGAUAAGACUGAGGCCAUGCGGAAACUUCAUCUCGAAGGCGAAAUCAAGGAGUACUGGCAGGAUGUUCUGAAGGACCUUGCAGACCAGGAGAAGAAACUAGAGAAGGAGAAGGAGGAGCUCCGAAAGGAGGAGCUCCGAAAGAAGGAGGAGAAGAUCCGAAAUGAUAAGACUGAGGCCAUGCGGAAACUUCAUCUCGAAGGCGAAAUCAAGGAGUACUGGCAGGAUGUUCUGAAGGACCUUGCAGACCAGGAGAAGAAACUAGAGAAGGAGAAGGAGGAGCUCCGAAAGAAGGAGAAGGAGCUCCGAAAGAAGGAGGAGAAGAUCCGAAAUGAUAAGACUGAGGCCAUGCGGAAACUUCAUCUCGAAGGCGAAAUCAAGGAGUACUGGCAGGAUGUUCUGAAGGACCUUGCAGACCAGGAGAAGAAACUAGAGAAGGAGAAGGAGAAGGAGGAGCUCCGAAAGGAGGAGCUCCGAAAGAAGGAGAAGGAGCUCCGAAAGAAGGAGGAGAAUAUCCGAAAUGAUAAGACUGAGGCCAUGCGGAAACUUCAUCUCGAAGGCGAAAUCAAGGAGUACUGGCAGGAUGUUCUGAAGGACCUUGCAGACCAGGAGAAGAAACUAGAGAAGGAGAAGGAGGAGCUCCGAAAGGAGGAGGAGCUCCGAAAGGAGGAGCUCCGAAAGAAGGAGGAGAAUAUCCGAAAUGAUAAGACUGAGGCCAUGCGGAAACUUCAUCUCGAAGGCGAAAUCAAGGAGUACUGGCAGGAUGUUCUGAAGGACCUUGCAGACCAGGAGAAGAAACUAGAGAAGGAGAAGGAGGAGCUCCGAAAGGAUUGGAAAGGUCUCCGAGAGAGAGAGACCCACAUCUCUUGGAAGGAGAUAACUCGGAAUCGUGACGCGGUGGGGUAUAUGGAGGAGGGAAAUUUUUUUUGUCUCGAUGGGUCGUUUUGGGAUCAGCACAGCUCUGGACAAGGAAGGCAGCGGGUGCUCUACUGCAGGAAAUGCUUCAAUGAGCAGUGGGAGUUCAUUAAGGACAGAGUGUGUAAGGACGGGAGUCUGGGUUGGAUCUUAGGGCCUCCAGGGACGGGGAAGUCGUCGACGACCAUGUCCUUUAUACAAUCGCUGAGCAUGGAGGAGGGAUGGAUGGUGAUGUGUGUGCGGCUGUGGAAGUGGAGUUCAAUUCAAGUGCUCCAAGUUGAUGAUGGAGUUUUGAGAAUCGCUGAUUUGCCACGCAAUGGUGCAGAAGAGAUGCUGAGAUGGGUCCUAAGAGAAUGGUCUCAGGGCAAGAAGAAGUAUCUUGUGUCCUUGGACGGUUACCAACAGGAUGUACAUGAUCUGGCGCUCAGUGAAUGCAUGUGGUGGCUUCACAAGGACCGGGAAAACCGGCGGGUUGUCAUCACGACGUCGAUGAGUUCUCGAGAAAAGAAAAAAAUUGAGCUCGAUAGAAUGGAGAAGGUAGAGGAGUUGAUGGUGUACUCGUGGGCACUGGAGGAGUACCAGGAGCGAAAUGUUCUACAAGAGUCGAGAGAUGUCGAGUCAAAGUAUCAGAUUGUUGGAGGCUCAUGCCGCCAUAUGUUCGAAUGUACGACAGAUCAAGCUAUCCAAGAUCUCUGUGCAGCGAUGGACUCUGUCUAUAAUUUCACGACGCUCUUUGAAAUGAACGUGGGCGACCUUUCAAAGCAGUUUGUCAAUCGGCUGCAUGGGAAGUAUCGAAUCGGAAACCAGGUGUACUGGACUUUUAUCAGUAGGUUUGUUGCCAGGGAGCUAGCAGAGAAGCUCGGAGAAUCGUUUGUGAGGAAGAUUGAGCAGCUCCCUGGCAUGACUGAGAAUCCGUCUCUUCGGGGGAUUUUGUUUGAGAUGCUGUUCUUUGCUCGGAUAGGACGAGAUCCAGGGCUGCAGGUCAACCUCAGGUCAGAGAAUCAAGCCGAGUCCGAGCAGCACGACGACUGGCAAAGGUGUAGCGUAAUACCUCUUGAAGCAAGCGAAGUCCAGAAGGCUCUGAAGCAAGGAGAAGCAAGGUUGUGCCUGAAGCCGUUGAAAUGGAAUCAGGGGGGCUAUGAUGCAGUGAUUUUGGACUCGAAUGACAAGUUGGUGCGCUUCAUACAGGUAACCAUUGCGGAGACCCAUGACCUUAAAUUGCGGUUCAUGUAUGAGUGUCUGCAAUCUUUGGGCAUUGAGCAAGGGGGGACCUGGAAGGUUGAGAUUGUGUUUGUCGUUCCAAAGGAGAAUCUCUACAAGUUCAGAAUGAAACGUGUGGAAGACGAAUUUAUACUUAAACAGUACAGGUGGACACGCGACUCUCAAGUAGUUGCAAUGAACUCCAGACCGCAAGGAUAG